CUGGAUAAAAGGCAGAGAACUGGAGGUGGCCGCUACCCGGCCAGGUCCGGCCCCACGGGCGGGCGGGGCGCUAGGAGAGGAGGAGCCUGGGGCCAAGCCACCGCCUCCCGCCCGCGACCUGCAGCUGCUGAGGCUCUCCAAGCGGCUGGCCGCCAAGCAAUGUCGGGGGAGAUGGACAAGCCGCUCAUCAGUCGCCGCCUGGUGGACAGCGAUGGCAGUCUGGCUGAGGUCCCCAACAAGGCCCCCAAAGUGGGCAUCCUGGGCAGCGGGGAUUUUGCCCGCUCCCUGGCCACACGCCUGGUGGGCUCCGGCUUCCAUGUGGUGGUGGGGAGCCGUAAUCCCAAACGCACAGCUGGCCUCUUUCCCUUCUCAGCCCAAGUGACUUUCCAGGAGGAGGCUGUGAGCUCUGCAGAGGUCAUCUUUGUAGCCAUGUUCCGGGAGCACUAUUCCUCGCUGUGCAGUCUUGGUGACAAGCUGGCUGGCAAGAUCCUGGUGGAUGUGAGCAACCCCACAGAGAAGGAGCAUCUUCGGCACCACCAGUCAAACGCUGAGUACCUAGCCUCACUCUUCCCUGCUUGCACUGUGGUCAAGGCCUUCAACGUCAUCUCUGCAUGGGCCUUGCAGGCUGGCCCAAAGGAUGGGAACAGGCAGGUGCUCGUUUGCAGUGACCAGCUGGAAGCCAAGCACACCAUCUCAGAGAUGGCACGUGUCAUGGGUUUCACACCCCUGGACAUGGGCUCCCUGGCCUCCGCCCGGGAGGUAGAAGCCAUACCCCUGCGCCUCCUUCCCUCCUGGAAGGUGCCCACCCUGCUGGCCCUGGGCCUCUUUGUGUGCUUCUAUGCCUACAACUUCAUCCGGGACGUGCUGCAGCCCUACGUGAGGAAGAACGAGAACAAGUUCUACAAGAUGCCCUUGUCCGUGGUCAACACCACUCUGCCCUGUGUGGCUUACGUGCUGCUGUCCCUGGUGUACCUGCCCGGCGUCCUGGCAGCCAUCCUUCAGCUGAAGAGGGGGACCAAGUACCAGCGCUUCCCAGACUGGCUGGACCACUGGCUGCAGCACCGCAAGCAGAUCGGGCUGCUCAGCUUCUUCUGCGCGAUGCUGCACGCCCUCUACAGUGUGUGCCUACCGCUGCGCCGCUCGCACCGCUACGACCUGGUCAACCUGGCUGUGAAGCAGGUCUUGGCCAACAAGAGCCGCCUCUGGGUUGAGGAAGAAGUUUGGCGAAUGGAGAUAUACCUGUCCCUGGGUGUGCUGGCCUUGGGCAUGCUGUCACUGCUGGCUGUCACCUCACUUCCAUCCAUAGCCAACACACUCAACUGGAGGGAAUUCAGCUUCGUGCAGUCUACGCUGGGCUUCGUUGCCCUGAUGCUCAGCACGCUGCACACGCUCACCUACGGCUGGACUCGGGCCUUUGAGGAAAGCCACUACAAGUUCUACCUGCCGCCCACAUUCACGCUCACCCUGUUCCUGCCCUGUGUGAUCAUCCUGGCCAAGGGCCUCUUCCUCCUGCCCUGCCUCAGCCGCAGACUCACCCGGAUCCGCAGGGGCUGGGAGAGAGACAGUGCUGUCAAGUUCGCCCUGCCCUCCGACCACUCACAGGCAGAGAAGACGAGCCACGUGUGAGGCCCUGGAAAUGGAAACAGGCAUAGCUUGUGGGGCCCUGAGCUGGGUUCAGGUCUCUUUUCUGGACUCUGCACAAUGGAGUGAUGAUAUAUGCAUGGGUGGUUGAGAUCCGAAUUCCUGGGAUGCAGGUGUAUGCCGUGAUAUUCAGAAUGACACACCACACGUGUGAUAUGUAUUCACAUAUAUUUCAUAUAUAAUAGGAUUUGCUGUUAUUCUUACUUAGCUAAGAAGGUGGGUCCCUCUAUUUCAACGCAGGCAUUUCAAAGGAACUGCCACACAGGAGACAGCAGACCCCAGCCUUGUGACAUUUGCAGAGGCAGACAGUCUCAGUAUAGGAGAGACUAUAUUUUGUUGGGUUCUGCCCUUUAAAUUCUCCGUUAGCCGCAUGCUCGAGUUGGCACAGAGCUGGGCCAAGUGCAGGCCAGGUGCAGCCUACCCCCAUCCCAGGGCUGAGAAGGGGCCCCGAGUAAACAGUGGGGCCAGGUCUGGACCCCGCUGCUUCCCUGGGCAUGUACAGGGAGCCUCAGCAGGAUGUCCUGGGAUCUGCAGGAGCUUUUGCAGGUCUGUCCUUUCCCUGGGGAAGGGUUUGAAGCCCCAUUCCAUCCUAGCUGAGCUGAAGAGAUUGUCCCUCCUUUAAAGUUCCUCGCCAGAGUCACCAAGGAGCCUGCAAAUUGAUCCUUCUGAGAAGGUGUGAAGUCACCUCCUCCCCAGAGCCAUUAAUGAACCUGAUCUUCAGAAAGAGUGUAAUUGUUUUCCCUCCAUUAGGUUGAUGGUGACCCUCCUUUAAACCACGGUGCCUUCUCACCUUUCCCACCAUUAAUGUGGACAUCUCCCUGGAAGGCAUAGAGUGGACGCUUGUCAGAGCAGCUCAAGGGGGAGGGAAGCAUCAGAGCUUGCAGAGAAUGAACAGCAAGCCCUCCCCUAGGGUGUGGCCCAAGCCUGGGGGACUUGCCUUUACUAAACUGGUCCCCUUUGGAUUUACCCUGUUGCCUGUGCACAGAGAGCCUACCUUCUGGGCACCCAGAAACCAUCUUUGCCUCAUGCUCAUCUUCAGGGGGUCCACAGCCUCCCACCCAAGCUUUUUCCUCCCUCCCUCCCUAGCAGUUACAAUCAACCACAAAAGUCUGUGAGGAAAUAACUACCCACCCAGUCCCCCAAGUUCUGCACAGCUUGAGUGAUCUACUGCCAUUACAUAACAGAGAUUCUAUUGCCUCCCCUGGGCUAGGAAGCAUCUUUUGACGCAGAAAAGGAAGAAGGCCCAGCCAAUAUAUACAGGAAAACAUGUCCCUCUUCCCACUAGGGUCCUUGAGUGAAAAGAGGACAGCCCAGCACAGGAACCCCUCAAUAGGCCUGUGAUGGGUGGAGACCUACUGCCUUGUCCAUCUCUCUCUAGAGGGGGGUGGUUCUUGGUAGCAGAGUUACCCACAGGGGAAACAGUGGAAUCUCCUUCCUUUGCUUGCCCUAUUUCUGCCACAGCUGCUUACCAGAUGGGCAGUGAGUAUGUGUCAGUCAGCACAUGGGCAGCAGGUUGCAUCUGUCCCUGCUGCUGCCCAUGUCCCCAGGCAGUCAGCAGCAUCCAGGAGGCCAGCCACUCCCUGGUAGAGCCUUUGUGCAUUGGGUCCCAGAGUACCCCAGGCCAGUGCUCUAGAAACAAAAUGCCACAGCCUGAGGUGGACAUGCAAAGUCUAUGGUGGACACAGUCUCCCUAUCUCAUCUUCCAGAGCUCUCCCAGAAGCCAGGGCAGUACACAGGCACUGUGUGAACUCCCGGCUUUCCUUCCUGGAAUAGGAUCACAUGGGCGUUGGUGCUCACUCGGCCAUAUGUUAGAUGGAGAGGUUGCCCAGGUGAACAUUAAUCUAGCAGAGGUGCCCACUGAGGAAUGGCAGGUGCGCAGAGGAGUGAUGGAGCAGGCAAGAUCCUGACGACCAAACAGUCUGGGCUGUGAAAAGACAAGCGCCUGAGGAAAGACAGUCAAGGUUGUCCUCUAGAAUGUACACACAUACGAAGCGUAAAAGGCGUGUUUCUUUUCCUCACAGACUUCGAUAAUUCCAGAUAGUUUCUCUCAGCUGAGUUAGAUCUCUUUAGUUGCUCAGAAAUGCUUCUGCUUCGCAGUCAAGUGGGACCUUGGAUGCACUGGGUACUCCAAUCUCCCGUGGGACGCACCGGACAUUCCCACUCUGCACUCGGUCACGCUGGCCAUGUGAACCCUCCCUCCCCUCCAUGAGGUGAAUCAUGAGACCCUGUUUUCCAAGUGCUGGUUCAUUUAUUGGAUUAGAAACCUGGCUUGUUUCUGUAAGUUUCCGUUGUGGGCCAAGCCUGGUUUUCAAAACACUAAGUUAGUCAUGAAAAAUUUCCCCACCCAUCAGGCUUCUGCUUCCAGAGGAUCUAUCCUGCUACAUCAGUCUCUAGACUGAAAAUAUACUUUUUACUUGUUUGAUUUUUUUUAUUACAUUAUCUGUGUGUAUUGUGGUGUGGUAUGUGUGCAACUCAGGAGGACAAUUUGAAAGAGGCAGUUUUCUGCCUUCCAUGAAGGCUCCAGGCAUAGAACUCGGGUCUGAGAAGCAAGCACCUUUACACACUGAGCCAUCUCGCUGGCCUUGUAUACAUUCUUUUUAAGUCUCCUGGCUCAGGAAGCCAGGCAAUUUGUGGGGCUGAAAAUAAAUGGGACAUACACACGAGAAAAGGGCUGCCCGGCUACUAGCUGCUUCCUGGUGAAAAACAGCUUUGUUCUCACCAGCUCAGCAGGAGCUCAACAGCCACCAUCAACAAACACAGGUGAGACAGCACAGGAACCCCCUCCCCCCCACACACACACACACCAAGGACUUCAAAGAGCAGAGCUGGUGUCUUCUGAACAUGACAGAACCAUCGCACUCCUGAAACUACAGCAGUACGGCUGCCUGAACGAGAUGGAGCCUCCCAAUCUGCCAGCACAGAGAGUACCUCACUUCCAGCUGAUGGCUUCUAGAGUAGGGUGAGUCAGUUUUCUGUAAGGGUGUGACCCCUGAUAAGCUGAUCACGUUCCCGUGGCUGGCCCAGACCCAUGAAUAUAUGGGCUGCACAAAGUGAACUCAGUGGGUUAUUAAAAAACAAUCUACCAAACAAAUCAUGAAGUUGGUAGGAAGUAGGAGAUGAUCAGGAGACAUCGGGGGAACCAUUGGUGGUAAAUAUUAUCAAAAUUCAUUGUGCGAACAUAUGAAAUUCUCAAGAUAUUGAUUAAAAUAUUGUUUUUUAAGA